CUAAAAUCUCUCUUGGAUCAUCUCGUCUCAAGCUACUCAGAAUCAAAAAUGGGAAGCCAACAAGCGGCGGUUUCAUUCCUUACCAAUUUAGCAAAGGCGGCUUUCGGUCUAGGAACUGCGGCGACGGUGCUGAACACGUCGCUAUACACAGUUGACGGCGGAGAGAGAGCUGUGAUCUUCGAUCGAUUCAGAGGAGUAAUGGAUCAAACCGUCGGUGAAGGAACUCAUUUCCUGAUCCCGAUUCUACAGAAGCCUCACAUCUUCGACAUCCGCACGAAGCCUCACACCUUCUCCUCAAUCUCCGGUACGAAAGAUCUUCAGAUGGUUAAUCUCACCCUUCGUGUUCUCUCUCGCCCCGAGGUUAUGCGUCUUCCCUACAUAUUUCAAACCUUGGGUCUAGAGUAUGACGAGAAGGUUCUUCCUUCUAUUGGAAACGAAGUUUUAAAGGCCGUGGUUGCACAGUUCAACGCCGACCAGCUCCUCACAGAGCGUCCCCACGUCUCAGCGCUUGUUCGUGAAUCUCUAAUCAAACGUGCCAAAGACUUCAACAUUGUGCUCGACGACGUUGCAAUCACGCACUUGUCUUACGGAUACGAGUUCUCAAAGGCUGUUGAGCAGAAACAAGUGGCUCAGCAAGAGGCAGAGCGGUCUAAGUUUGUGGUGAUGAAGGCUGACCAAGAGAGGAGAGCCGCGGUUAUAAGAGCUGAAGGUGAGAGUGAAGCUGCACAGUUGAUCUCUGAUGCUACGGCUAAAGCUGGUAUGGGACUUAUCGAGCUUAGGAGGAUUGAAGCUUCGAGGGAGGUCGCAGCUACACUUGCUAGAUCUCCUAAUGUGGCUUACUUGCCUGGUGGCCAGAGCAUGCUCUUUUCUCUGAACCGUUGAUCUUGUUACUGUGAGAUUUGUCGGCAUACACUUUCGUCUUGUGGUAUCCUGCAGGUUGUGAAUCUGGAUUGAUUGAAAGAGCUCUCUGAAUUAUAUACUGACCUUUGUUUGAGACUGUUUAUUUUCAUCAAAUAAACCUCUGUUUGUUAUAAUCUCUGUUCGAAAACUCGCCGCCUAGGACCGAAUACUCGGCGCAAAAACGUUACUCGGCCACCAAGCGUAGCGAUUCGAGGUUGUUUGGUCAUUUAAUCGGGGAGAAUUAAAAAGUUCAUCCUUUUGUUUAUUUGAAGUUCCAAAUCACGUUCUAUGUUGUAGAUUUGAUAUAUAUUUGAUUAAACACAUAAGAAUAAGAAGAAAAAGCAAAAA